AUGAAAGUGGAUGACAGUAUUCAAGACAAGUCUUUAGUCUUCUGAGGAAGCUACACAAUCUUAGUACUGUCAGAGGACUCAGGAAAGAACUAAAGAGCUAGUCAGAAAUGGAAGAAAAAGAGAACUAUGAUGGAUGCCAAAGAACAGUUUACACUGUUGGAUUGGUCACAGGGUCAAGCUAGAUGAUGUGAAAAGAAGGCAGGUUAUGUGAUUUCAAGGCAGUGAUUUGAAGUUUUGUCCAUUCAUCCAAAUUUUGGGUACAUAUUGAGGUGACCUGUAGAGACAUCAAGUGCUACUGAGGCUCAGCUGACUGCUUCCCUUCUGAAAUAGGACUCAGUUUCAGUGCCUCAAAACUAACUGGGAAGAAAAGGAAAAUGGACUUUUCUUUGUGGUUGCUGGUGGAAAAGUUGAUUCAGUUUGUGUUCUGCUCCUGCUAUCCUCUGACCAGACUCCACAUACCCCAUGAUGACCUUGACCUAGACUCUGGCUCACUCAUAUUCAAUACUCCAGAUUUGGUUUCAGGGAAACUAUACUAUUCCAGACUUUCUCAAUUCUUAUUCCAUUCCCACCAUCUCAGCUGAGGUCCUUAUUCUGUGCUACCAUAUGUCUUUCUCCCAGGGUCUCCAUCCCACACUACCCUUACCUGUUUCACAUACCUCCUGUGCCCCCCCCUCUUAUUUCUUCCUCUUAAGCUCGAGAAGAGGGACUGUUCUUUUUUUGUUUGUUUGUUUGCUUUUAGACCACUCUCAGUGGUACUCAAGGCUUACUCCUGGCUUUGUGUUCAGAAGUUACUUCUGGCAGGCUCAGGGGACCAUAUGGGAUACCAGGGAUCGAACCCAGGUCGGCCACGCACAAGGCUAAUGCCCUACCCGCUGCGCUAUCGCUACGGCCCUAUCAGGGAUCAUUCCUGGCGGGGCUCAGGGACAGUCUGGGGUGCCAAGCGUCAAAGCCACUACGGCAGUGUGCGAGGUGACCUUAAAGAUUCUGAAAGUUGCUGCUGGCAACAUAAACAGUGUGGUGGGCACAUAAUUCACCCCUUCACAACUGACUGUGGCCACCACAACCUGCAUUUGCAUACUGUUGGUCAUUGUGACUGUGAUUCCAGGCUAAAGGAUUGCUCAGAGAAGGCAGAUAGUACCAGCUCCCGAAAUGAGGGCCCAGCCUGCUCCCGAGAUGUAGGCUCGACCUGUUCCCGAGAUGUAGGCUCGACCUGCUCCCGAGAUGUAGGCUCAACUUGCUCCCGAGAUGUAGGCCGAACCUGUUUCAACAUCAUCCAGACUCCGUGCUUUGAGUUUAUACCAGAGGACGAAUGUGUGGAGAGAUUCUGGUAUGACCGGUGCAAAAACUACAGGCCUAUCUCUGUGGCAGUGAUCCACCAUCCCUUCCACCACGAGUGCGGGAAAGAUCACCUAAAUGAAGAGGACGAGGAGGAGGAAGAGGACGAGGAGGAGGAAGUGGAGGAGGAAGGAAGCAAAUCUUCUAUCCAUAAACAGGUGGAGUCUGCCUCACCCACUGAGACAGGCCCAGCCAUGGGCUCAGUGACAGGCACCCCUAAAUCAACUGCUCCCAUCACCAUUUGGCGCUCUGAGAGUCCCACAGGGAAGCCCCAGGGCAAUAAAGUAAUCAAGAAGAUCAAGAAGAAAAAGGAAAAAGAGAAAGAAAAGGAGGAGGAGACUGAUGAGAAGACAAAACCUAAAAAAAAAAAGAAGAACAAGUUGACAAAGAAGAAAAGCCCCAUUAAAUCAGAAUCUUCACCUCCAGACUUGAGCCAAUCUCUAAGCCCGAGGGAGUUGGUCAAGAUGUCAGAGUCCAGCCCUGAAAGCCGGGAAGAGCUAGAGAGUGAGGACAGUUACAAUGACCCCAAGAAGGAACUCUCCAGCGAAGAUAUUUUGGAGUCUUCAUUGCAGAAGAAGAAAGAGAAAAACUUGCCCCAGGGCAAGAAGCCUGGAGCAAAGACCUCACCAACCAAGAAGGUCAACAAGAGAAAAUCUCCCCCAGCAUCUAACCCCAAUCUCAGUUGAGGCCCCUGCAACCAGGCGAAGAAUAAAUGUGAUCACGCCUGUAGCUGAGACCCCUCCUGCUGUUCUCUCUCCCUCUAAAGUGGUUGUUUUGGGGGUGGAGAGGGCUCUGGGUUUAGCUGGAGUCAAGAGGCUAGUGGGCUGCAGGGAUUCUUGACAGGCAACCUAUCUUUUGCAAGAAGUCCAUGGAAAGGUAGGGAGAAGGGCAGGAGAGGUAGACUGCUACUCUGUACCACCCUAAACUUAGGGGAAAUACAUCUAGGUGGCUUCUGCUGGGAGACUGUUCUGUGACAGCCAAUUAACUCCAGAACAGACAAUAUUGCGAAACCCCUAAUAAAUGGAGCCUUUUAACCCAACUCUGUGCCACUGUGCCUGGCCUUUCCUGCCUCUCAGUGGCCCUGGGGAAAGUGUUGGUGGCACUAAAGGGAACAUUAUCAUCUCAGCUGGUGUUGUCCUGCUCCGGCUAGACCCUUCCAGACCUUUUGUGCUGAAGGAAAUAGAAUUGAGUUCCGGGCAGAAGGCCAAUCCCCCGCAUCCCUCCCGACUCUUGCCAGCAUAGUCACACAGAUCUUGAAUAAAGAAAAAAAAGGGGAGAA